AUGUCUGUUUUGCAGGAGAACUCAGGUGUGAGAAUGGACUCUGAAGACUGGGAAAGAGAGGAACCCCAGUGCUGCUCAGAAGACCCAGCCAGAAGUCCCCUGGAGCCAGGCCCGAGCCUCACCUCCAUGAGUUCUGCACACUCAUAGAUGUUUUUUGUACUAGCCUCCCACUUGAGCUCAGCCUGUGAGCAGAAAGGAAGUCCGAUUCUCCUGGCAGUCUCUAAAGGAGAGCUUUGUCUCUGCUGUGACAAGGACAAAGGACAAAGCAAGCCAUCCCGUCAGCUGAAUGAAAAGAAAUUUACCAACCUGGCUGCCUAGAAAGAACUAGCACUGGCUUUCAUCUUUUAUAGGGCUAAGGUGGGCUCCCAGAACACAUUGGAGUUGGCUGCCCACGCUAGAUGGUUCAUCUGCACCUCCUGCAAUUCUGGUGAACCUGUUGGAGUGACAGAUAUUCUUGGGAAAAGGAAACACACUGAGUUUUCAUUCUGGCGAGUUCCCAAAGCUGACGUGAGCCCCAGUGAGGUCACUGAGUAG